GUGGGGACAGAUUUGACCUGGGUUCAUCCUUUUUUAUCUUGUGUCUAUUCGAAACCUCAUGAUAUCAGAUUCUGGUCCCGAUUAUCAGAUUGUCUUAACCUCACUUGACGAUGGCUAACUUAGAUGUUAGUGAGCUUGGUAUAUCGAAGAAUUUACUCCAAAUGAAUUUUAUGCGACGAACUCUCGUAGCCAAGGAGAAAGCUACUAAUCAAAGUGUCCCAGACAUCCUUCCUAAUUCACAAGAGUAUGGAUUUAAACUCCCUUCUUCUAUAGAAAAGCGUAUCAACAAAAGAGCUACCAUCCUUAAGUCGAAAUAUCGUUAUCAGUUUGUUAAAAGUAUUUUUAAGCUCUACAAUGUAUCACCUGGGUUUCGAGAAAGUUUUGGUGGCUUUAAUCCUCCUACUAACGCUGACGCCAUUCCUCAAUCUCUGGUUAAUAACUUACCCGAUUCUCGUUUGCCCAAUCGAGACAACUCUGUAUGUGAAUAUUCUCAAUCAUUUGAAGGCCGGGCAUCGAAAACAAGUAUCCGAUUCAAAAGAUUUGAAGAACACAAACCAUCGAAGUUCAAAAACCCAAAACAUCGAAGAGAAAAAAAGAAAAAGCUGUAAUUGAAAAUUAUUUGCCUUAUGACGACUACAUCUGCAUGGUUGACCAAUUAGAUGUCCUUCACAUGUUAUGCAAUAAUACUGCAAGCUUAUUAACAUUUGAAAAAAUAACAUAGAAUUAGUGUUAUCACUGUAUGCCAAUUUUCACCACAAUCGUCCGUACUUUUAACUUGAUGUAUUGACUGAGUCUACGUUUUGUGUUUAGUGACAUUUCUACUUCUCAUAUUUUAAUGUGGUUGUGAUCUCUGCAUUUUGAAGCUAUUUAAUUUGGUUGAGUUAUUUACUUUAAAACUACUAGCACAAAAUUUACUUUUGUUAACUUCUAACAAUACUGAAACUUGAUGCAAUUGUGAUCUGCAUGCCAACUUACUACUUCAAGUAACAUUAAUAUUGCUCAGUUAUUUAAAAAAAGUGAUUUUAUUUGACUAAAACUCUUACAGUGUUAACAACGCUUUUUAUAUUUUCGUUUUGUGAAUUUCUGUUCCAUUAUUCUAUAAUACUGCUACCUUAUUUUUAAACGUGAUCAUGCUUUCACUGCAACUAGAUGGUUAAAUUAAAAUCUUGUCACGAAUUCUGUCGUUUAUCUGAGAAAUAAAG